ACAGUGAGCGACACGUAACUCGGAUUCCUGAGGGGUUUGAAAGUUUCUUCCACCAGAGAGAGAUGCGCGGCCAAGAUUUCAGAGGUUUCCGUUUCCCCCAACCGUCUGCUUCAUCUUCACUCAUCUUCUUCAUCCUUCAUCGUCUCCUUCCCGGACCUACUCUCUCUUCGGUUUGAUCCGCUCACCAAUUACUCCGCCCGGCAAUGGGAAAUUGGAUGAACAAGGAGCCUCCGCCGCCCAUGGUUCUCGUUCCCCCACUCUUCGAUUAUCCUCCUCUUGCUGCUCGUACCAGGAUGUUGGAGUCGUCGUAUAACUUGUUGUUUGGGAAGCUUGCUUUAAAAUGUCUUUUCGAUGAUUAUUUCGAUGAAGCUAGGCAUUUUAGCACAAUGAUCAUGCUGAAGCCCAUUGAUGACCCCCACGUGGAUUUGGUCGCAACCGUAUCAGGUCCACUCGAUCAUAAACCUGAGGAGAAGAUUGUAGGGAAUGCACUGUUUCGAUGGCAAAGUAACAUUGAUGAUCCCCAUACAUUCGUGGACCUUUAUGUAUCAAACUCUGACCCGGUUUUACAAAUGAGGUCAUGUGCAUACUAUCCUAAAUAUGGAUUUGGAGCUUUUGGUAUUUUCCCACUGCUACGGCAGCAAAGAUUAUGUUCUGAGGACUAUGGUCUUAUGGGACUCAGAUAUGGCUCAAGGAAUCUGUCACUUGGAGUCACACUUAUGCCUUUCUCCUCGAAAGAUGAACUACCAAAAAGUGCAUGGCUGGUCAGCAAGAUGGGGAGGCUAACUACUGGAGUGCAAUAUGAACCACAAUAUGGGAAUAAAGAUGGUGUGUCAUAUAAAAAUUUAAUGAAUUGGAGUUGUGCAGUUGGCUACGAUGUGGGUUCAGGGAGUCCUUUGAGCCCGUCUUUCAAUUUUGGUCUUGAACUUGCUAAAAAUUCAAAGUUCAUUGCCUCAUUCUAUCAACAUGUUGUGGUUCAACGGAGGGUGAAGAACCCCCUUGAAGAAAAUGAAAUUGUUGGAAUUACAAAUUACAUCGACUUUGGCUUUGAGUUGGAGACUAGAGUUGAUGAUGUCAAACCAGAAAAUAAUAUUCCCGAUUCCACUUUUCAAGUAGCAGCAUCAUGGCAAGCCAAUAAAAAUUUCUUACUGAAGGGGAAGUUGGGCCCUCUUAGCUCUACACUUGCUAUGGCAUUCAAGUCAUGGUGGAAACCUUCAUUCACUUUCAGCAUCUCAGCUACCAGGGAUCGUACAGUUGGAAGAACUGCAUAUGGAUUUGGCAUCCGUGUCGAAAAUCUUAGAGAAGCCAGUUAUCAAAGAGCUGAUCCAAACUUUGUGAUGCUUACACCGAGCAAGGAGCACCUUGCUGAAGGCAUGGUUUGGAAAAUUGGGAAGAGACCGAUGCUGCAGUCCGCUAUAAAUGCUGGAAAUUUUGAUGGCAUACCAAAGGAAUUAAGACCCUUGAACAAAAUUUUGUGAACUUUGUUGCUUCCUUGCAAUUUUUUACCUGACACAAGCAGAAAUUUCUUCUUAUCCUGAAGAACAGAAGAUGCUGCCUUUGUAAUCUUGGAUUAGAGUUGGCUCUGCUAGUAGUGUAGUAGUGACUUGCAGAAUUGUUAUUCCUUUCCCUCUUUUUCCACUUCACUGACAAGGAAGCCUAGACUGGGAAGCAUCUGUCAUCUGUCAAAGGAAUUAAAAUGAUCUAUUUUUCAAUAGUCAGGUUAUGAAUUAUGAUGGCUCAUUACCUGUUUUGCCU